AUGGCGACCGAUCUUGGGAUCAAUCCCAAGCUUCCCACAUGGGACGGAGACUGGCGAACAUUCUCCGAUUACCGUCUGGCUGCACAGUUAGAGUUUGAUGGUCUGAAGGAUGAAGAUCAGAAGACUCUCGCGCCGCGACUCGCCAGGAAUUUGACAGGAAAGGCUUGGGAAGCCUGCUUGGACAUCAAUCGUGAAGCUUUGAGAAAAGCAGAUGGCCUUGAUUAUCUGUUGAAGUUUCUGAAGCAGAAGCGCGGCAAGCAGCAGGUGGAUAUGCUCGGAGAAGCUUUUGAGAAGUACUUCCAGUCCAACGAGAUUGUCAGACACGAUCGGGAGAAUCUCAAUGAUUAUGAACAGAGACUGACAGUCUUCACGAGAGACAUCGAAAGAGCGCUGUCCGAGAUCGACAGCAACGUCAAGGUGCCAACAGAGAUCUAUGGAUGGUUUCUCUUGAACAAGCAUUUGAGACUGGACCCAUCAGACGUUGCCACCUUGAAGUCGCAGACGGCGAGCUACAAGCUGGUCGAUGUCAUGACUGCUCUCCGUAAGAUGUGGGGCGGUGACAGUUUGACACAGAAAGAUCAGGAAAGAAAGCGCGCCGGAAACCGCGCGUACAUGGCCGCAGACUUUGACACCGAAGACAAUGAAAGUGCCUGGUGGAAUGAUGCAGAAGAUGACGACGGACCAGAACUGGAGGAGGAUGAGCUCCCCCAGGAGAGCGAGAUCUGGUUUGAAGAGGCUACGCAGGCCUUGUUAGAGCAACCUGCCGAUGAACAGGUCCUUGCGAACUUCCAGGAAGCCAAGAAGGCCUUCUACAAGGACGCACGCCGGGCGCUGGAUCAAUCUCGCACUUCCCGUGGCUACUUUCCGCCAAAAGGAAAAGGAAAAGGAAAGGGCCGAGAGAGUGGCUCAGGAAAGGGCCGUGAGAACGGCUCGGGCCGCUUUGAGUUCCGGGGCAAGUGCAUGAGGUGCGGCAAAGUGGGCCAUAAGGCACAAUCCUGUCCUCAACGCGGUGCAGACCAGCCAGCACGAGGAAAAGGAUCAGGCGUGGGAUUCGUCGGCUUCGUGUACCGUGCUCAGACGACGGCUUCCGAGACCACACAGAACACACCGACGUGGGCCGUGACCGAGCACGCCGGUGAAGACAUGACCAAGGCGAUCUUGGACUGCGGAGCAUCCGAGUCGAUUGUUGGAGCUUUGUCGCUUCAACAGUACACCGAUGAGCUCGAGUACCUCGGCUUUGACCCUUCUACCGAGAUUGAGUUCAACACUCGAUUCAGGUGUCCCUGCUCCUUGGCCCUCGCGCCCAGCUACCGGUGCACUGCACAGAUACAGCUGUCUCACCUGCCGAGUAGGGACAGCACCACCAAGCCAGAGCGCUGGUGUGCUGUCCUUGGGACUCUCCUUUGUCCAAGGCUGUUGAAGAAGCGGGAGGCAUGCCGGUGGAGAACAGCCGUUACGGGCAUCCUCGUGGAAGGCUGGCAGACAACCAAAAUCUUGAACAAGCUCAAAACCAUCCAUGCAAACCUGGGUCAUCCUUCCAACAGCGUGUUAACCAAGAUGUUGAAGGAAGCUGGACAUGCUGCGCCACACAAAACAUCACAGGUACCUCAUGCUACCAAGAAAUGGGAUGUUGUGAGUGUAGAUACGUUUUGGUGGCACAGUCCUCACAAGGAUUCCAACGGGAAUUCCACGGAGCAUGUUGUCGGCAUCAGUUUCAUGGAUGAGGCAAGUGAUUUUCACACGGCCACCAUCAUUCGAAGUGGCUUGAAGAAACAAGGAUCCAUCAAUGCCGAGGAAUUCCGUGAAGUGUUUGCGCGUGAUUGGUUGAAGUUGCUUCCUAAACCCAGUGUCAUGAGAUUUGAUGAUGAAGGCGUGUUUCGUAACAUCAGUAGCUUGGACUGGUUGGAAGCUCAAGCCAUUCGCGUGAGCGUGAUUGCGGGUGAGGCCGCAUGGCAAGUCGGGAAACACUCUCGGCACCUUGAGGUGCUCAAGGAAAACAUGACAUUACUCUCGCAUGAGCUUGGGAGUGAUGUCAAAGCUUCUGAGCUGCUCAGCUUGAGUGUCUCGGCGAAGAAUGAGAUGCACAGCAAGGCACGAAAAGCUGAAAUCUUUGAACCUGGCCAGCUCGUUUAUUUCUACCGAAAAGGCCGAAAUGCCACCAGCAGGAACGAGGCAGGCUGGUAUGGACCAGCUCGUGUGCUUGCCAUUGAGAAAACCGGGCAAGAUGAUGUGAAUCAGACGCAGGGUUCCAUCAUUUGGGUGGUGCAUGCUACCGUUCUGUAUCGCUGUGCACCUGAGCAGUUAAGACAUGUUCCGAAAGAGCUUCAGAAUACUUUCGAGGAAGCCCUGAAGCAGAUGAUCACCACCAACAAGGAGAAGCAGCAGGCGAACACGCUGGAGGACGAGCGCCAGCGUGUCCAGGCCAUGACUCGCGAGACACUGGGCAAGGAAAUGGUCGGCCAUGGACAGCACGCGAAGAUGACGUGCAAGGACGCCUACGAGAAACAGCCCAAGUACGUGAUCUGGUUGAUGGACCAUCAAGCCGACAACCCCAAGUUCCAGAACAUCCUCACCUACGCGGAGAAGGUAACAGCCGCCAAGACCGGGACGAAUUCUGGAGACGGGCAGAGCUUGGACGGCUUCGAAGUCGUGAACAACGAAGCCUCAGCCAGCAGCGACGCGUCGACUCUCGACACGCAGACCCUUCACAACAUGGUGACGCAGCUGGCAGAGAUGACGUUCGGACUCCGCCAACAGAUCCAGAUCCUCGAAGCGCAGAAUCAGGAGCAGCAGACGGCCAUCUACCAGAGUCUCUCCAACAGCAUGAUGCUUCAGGAGAAGUUCGAGGCUUUCAAUCAUCGCUUGGACGCGCUCGAGAAGAUCUACCGAGAGUUCAUCUGGGAUGUUUUGAGUGGCAGCGACAAAGCUCCGGAUGGUAUGAACUCCCGGAACGGCGCUGUCGAGGAAAGUCAUCAGGUUUUCGAGGCUUCACUGGACAUUCAGGCCAGAGAUGUGCACAAGGUGAAUCAACAUGGCCAGACGCAGUGGGUCUUGAACGAAAAACCUAAGAAAAGAGCUGAAGUGCAGUUUCGACGGCUUAGCGAAGAAGACAAGAUGCAUUUCCUGCAUGCUAUGAAGAGUGAGGUUGGUUCUUACCUUGAACAUGAAGCUGUCGAGAUUGCACGUCGGCACGGCAUUCCUGCAGAGCGUAUCCUUGGCAUGCGGUUUGUCUUGACGUGGAAGACCGUCGAAGACGAUCACGGUGCGAUUGUUGGUCGAAAACCAAAGGCUCGGUUGAUCAUAAAGGGUUUCCAAGACCCUGAUCUCCUUCACCUCAAAAGAGACUCACCGACCUUGGCGACACAAAAUCGCAACUUGAUCUUGGCAUGCGCAGCCCACCAUAAGUGGCGGAUCUCCAUCGGAGACAUUAAAACAGCUUUUCUCAACGGUGACAAGACCGAGAUUGAGAGAGAGAUUUUCGCUGAUCCUCCUGAAGAGGUUCGCCAAAUGAUGGGCAUGAAACCUCAUGAAGUUUGGCGGAUUCUCAAAGCCGUUUACGGCUUACUCCAUGCGCCACGCGCAUGGGCAGAUAAGCUGAGCAAAGAGCUCAAAGCUCAAGGAUGGAUCCAGUCAAAGCUAGAACCGUGCGUGUUUCGGUUGUAUGAUUCACGGAAGCAGUUGAUCGGUUUGAUUGGCACACAUGUGGAUGAUUUAGUGUGUUGUGGAUCCGGUGAGCUUUACGAACGAAAGAUCAGUGAGCUUCGCGAGAGCUUUCCGUUCGGCUCCUGGCGUGAGGUGUCUCAUGAACCUACAAAGUUCUGCGGUUGUGAGAUUGUUCAGCAUAAAGAUUACAGUGUUGAGCUUAAUCAAGAAAGAUACGCGGAAGGAAUCAAUGAGAUACCCUUGACCAGGGAGCGCCGUGAACAAGAGCAGGAUCCUGCCACUGAUUCAGAAUGCCGCCAACUUCGUGCUGCAUUAGGAGCCCUGGCAUGGAGGGCAACGCAGACUGCCCCCUGGCUUUGCGCCUCUGUUUCAUACCUACAGGGAUGUCAGAAGAAGGCUAAGGUUGCUGAUCUCAUUGACACCAACAAACUGAUUAGGACCCAAAGGCAAUACAGUCAGAUGACCCUGAAGUUCACUUCCAAUUUGCAAAACCCCAUUCUUGUGACCUUUCAUGAUGCUUCUUGGGCGUGUCGGAGAGACGGUUCUUCCCAGGGUGGUGUUUUGACCUUGCUGGCUGAUAGGUGCAUCCUCGACGGUAAGCCUAGUGCAUACUCUGUGUUGGCCUGGCAGAGCAGAAAACUUCCAAGGGUGUGUCGUAGUUCCACUUCCGCUGAGGUCCAGAUGGGCAGUCAUGCCAUCGAUACUCACGAGUUUGUCAAACAAAUCCUCAUGGAAUGGUACAACAAAGAAACCAUACCUGCCCAGAAGAUGGAUGAAGUUCUUAGUCGAACCCAAUCGUUACUUGUUACUGACAGCAAGAAUGUUUACGACUCUGUCAUUCGCAUAGAAUCCAGCGGACUUCAACUCGAGGAGCGGAGGCUGGCACUUGAAGUUCUCUCCAUUCGAGAACGUGUCAAACUAGCAGGUGUGGACUGUCGCUGGGUCGAUGGAGGUCAGCAGUUGGCUGACGGUUUGUCUAAGCCCUUUACGAUAGACUCCUUGAUCACUUCCCUGAACCGGGGUACUCUGAGCAUUGUCUUCGAUGAUAAGUUUGUUUCGGCGAAGCGAAAGAAGGCCCUGCAACGCUCUGCAGUAAGGAACGUGCAAGACUCGCAAACGGGAGUCUCAUCAAAAGAAAACUUGGAUCGGUGUUGA